AUGAGCGCAGGAGAACACAACAGAAACCAUAUUGAUGAAACCAUCAAGACCCAAACUCUUGAAAAAUUAGUUGAAAAUUUUGUCAAUAAGGGUUAUCCAGAAUUCAAACCAAUUCAACACACCACCCAAGUUGUUUCAGGAAUUAAUCACAAGUACAAGAUUCAAGUUGGAAAGAAUGCUUAUAUUCAUUGUAAAAUUCAUGAAAAUACCAAGGGUGAAUUGUCUGUCAUUUCUGUAGAUGAAGGAAAGACCUUAUCCGAUGCUUUGUAA